AAAUUUCGACAGCUUCCGUGCUGGAAAACCUUUCGCCACACAGCCGUUGAACGCACCUUUGUUCCUGUGCGGAUUCAGCGCGAGAGAAAAAAGACAAACUGCGAAAUCCUGGAACCAUAGCGCUGCUGGACUGGUUAAGCUGGAUCUAGGUUGGAUCUGGUCACUGUGGAGGCCACUGAGCUCAGCAUUGUGUCCGAGACGACUCGUGCUUUGUGACACGCUUCAAUGCAGCCUUUAUAAAGUGCGAUCAUAAUCAGCAACCGCAACGACUGAAUGGACACAAGUGUCCGAUCCUGUUACAGAUAAUGCUGUAAGCAUCGAGCAUCGACUCACGAGUGGUCAGAACACCACGGAGAGCCAAUGAGGCAAUUUGUCGAAUGGAUCAAGUUGAGAUCCCAAGAAUGAUCAGAGUUUGGGAUUGGUUCAAACUCCUCCAGCUGUCCUUCAGUCCAGUCUCCACCCAGAUGCCCUGAUGUUUCCCUGCAGGAUUCAGCUCUGGUCACUUUUGUAAAUCUUCAUCACCAUCUCUAGACAUGGCGUGAUCUACAACCUGCUUUUCUGCUUGUUCCCAAUCAUCUGAUUGAUCCUGAACUCUGCGGUCCACACAACACAUUUAUCUUCAACCCUAUCCUCGCAUUCCGUUCCACUGGCCUUGGUGGUGGAAGCCAACAUAGCUGCUGGGCUACAGCGAUGCUCGGCUGUCUCCUGCGAGGUAGGAGCAUGUCUCAGAGGCUCAGCGUUUUUCUCCUACUCUUUGGCCUGGCCUGGUGUCUGCUGCUGCUGCACUACACCAUUACACAGCCACGGCACCAAAGCAGCGCUGAACUCCGCCAACAGAUCCUGGAGCUGAGCCAGCGCUAUGUCAAAGCUCUCAACGCAGAGAACCAGGAGUUUGUACGGCCAUUUAACCCCUCAAUGGCUGGAUACGCUGAUCUGAAAAGGACCAUUGCUGUGCUAUUGGAUGACAUCUUGAACCGUUUGGUGAAGCUGGAGAACAGACUGGAUGCUACAAUGAACACCUCAGUGCACAGCCCUUCUCACAUAACAGGGACAGUCCUGCACAGACCCACAAAACAGAACGAAUCAGGAACAAACGCUCACGGCAAUCAGCCACAGCCUCUGACGUAAAUCUGGGCAGCACCAGUGACACCAAGACUCAUUAUAUUGUGUGCGUGUGUGAGAGAGAUAUAUGAAAUAUGUAUACAGAUCCAAUGUAGGCAGAGAUGGUUUUAUUUGUGUGUGUGUGUGUGUUUUUAAGAAAGCUUGCCAAAUUGCUUUAGACUAGGUGUCUGCUAACCCGGAAAUGUUCAGGCACAGAUUUCAUGUCUUCUUUUUCCUCAUACUUUUUCAUGAGAGGUAAGUUGACAGUGAUGCACAUUUCUGAAUCGCAAUACGCAGCCAUUAUAUGAGGAAUCUGGCAACCCAGCUCCCAGGACACUGAUCCACAACUCACAUCCACCUUAACCGUAAGCUGUCUACAGGGCAUGUAAUUCAGGAAUAAAACGAAGAACUGAGGACAGGAAGCCUUUAUUAUCGCCACAUAUACACUAUAUUCCCAAAAGUUUUGGAACACCCCUCUAAAUCAUUGAAUUCAUGGGUUGGGCUUCCUUUCCAAUGAAAGGAACUCUUAAUGCUUAAUGACAAUUUCAUGCUUUGUGGGAACAGUUUGAGGAUGACCGCUUCCUGUUCCAAAAUGACCGCACACCGGUGACCAAAGCAAAGUUCCAUAAAGACAUGGAUGAGUGAGUUUGGUGUGGAGUCCUGACCUCAACCCCAUAGAACACCUUUGGGAUUAGACUGGAGACUGCGAGCCAAGCCUUCUCAUCCUGAUCUCACAAAUGCGCUUCUAGAGGAAUGGUCAAAAAAAAUUCCCAUAAACACACUCCUAAACCUUGUGGAAAGCCUUCCCAGAAAAGUUGGAGCUGUUAUAGCUGCAAAGGACGGGACAACUCCAUAUUACAUUCAUGUGAAUGUAAAGGCAGGUGACCCAAAUCUUUUGGCAAUAUAGUGUACACAGUGGAAUUCUUUCCUUCGCAUAUCCCAGCUAAGGGUCAGAGCACAGGGGCAGCUAUGAUACAGCGUCCCUGCUCCAGGGAGGGUUAAUUGCCCAACAGUGCAGCUUGGUGGUGCUGGGGCUUGAACCCUGAUCCGCCACCACUGCCCAGUAGUGCUGUAUUUAGAAUGCCGACGCAUGAUCGGCUCAUUGGAUGGAUGGAUGAAUGAGUAGAGGCAGCGUUAUUCCUAUUAAAGUGUCCAGUGAUGUUGGUGCAAAUCUUUCCAGUCCUGCUCAGAGCUUUUAGGGUUUCCCAGUGCUGAAGCGUUCCUCAUACCACAUGGCUGUCUGUGUAUUAAAACAAGUGCCAUUAUUAGUCUUAACAA